GUGCCGGCAACUUAAAAAAACAAAUUGUCGCUCUUCAGCACCAUGUUCAACACUAUCGCUUCAAUGCGAGCCAGAUGGAUGAUGUGUUUGAUUCUGCUCCGUGACGCCAGUAAAAGUACGAAGUUCUACACGUAUUAACCCGACAUUAGACGGAAGAUUUGGAUAUAAAUCCUGACCUUUGGUUGUUUGGAGAAGUUUGAGAAGGAAAAGUUUGAACACCAGUCGAUUUUUUUCUCCUUUUCCUGUGAUGUCCAGUAACAUCACAGUUACCAACUGACGAGCAGAGAAACAACGACUAAGACGCCGGGUCUUUUUGUUCCCCUUCUGUUUCUCAGCACUGGAUUCUGCUGCAGGGUUCCUGAGACUACAAACUAGUCGCCCAAAGGACAGGAGCCGUGGCGAGCCAGUCCCUCUUAAAGACUUUGAGUGAAUUGACUUGAAUUGCCAUUUUUGUUGUUGUCUCACCUGGGAGUCAGGUAGGACAAGACCAUUACUGUACAUUAGGAGUGUGAACUGGGAAAAUACUAAAUUUCCUCUGUGGCCAUAUUGGAUAGGGGAAAAACAGACACUGUAGAGAAGUGUAUACACAUGUACAUUUUGUGCAGCGUUUAAUAAUAUGUUAUAUUUAUUAUACUCACCUGUUGAUUUCUGUGUAUUCUUUGAUGUCACUGCUCUAUAAUACUAUACACAGCCUUGCUCGAGUGAGACGAACCAAGAAAACAUAGUGUCUGCUAACAUGUGUUUUAUUGUCAUGCGUCCAGACGUAACUGGUCGAAGGUGGUCCUCACAGACUCGUGUUGUAGAAUCCUGUCCAUAAAUCUUCUGAUCCCCCUGCAGUCAGCAGCGUAUGCAUUGGUAGGACACAGCUGUUGCAUCGGCUUGUCGUCAUGAGUGCAGACGAAGACGCGCGCUGGCUGGAGUGGGUUACCAAACAAUUUGAGAGCAUCGCGGGAGACGACAAAGAGAUUGACCUGGACGAGUUCAAGACCGCUCUCAAGGUCAAAGAGGUCAGUCAUGUGGUGUGUGACUGUCACGUAAUUGAACAGGUGAGUGGUGUGACACACCAUGUGACCCAUGUGUCCCAGUCUUUCUUCGCUGAGCGUUUCUUUGCGCUCUUCGACUCGGACGGGAGCAGCUCCAUCAGCCUGGACGAGCUUCUGGAGGCUCUCGACCUGCUCAUCCAUGGCAACGAGACAGACAAGCUCAAGUUCCUCUUCCAGGUCUAUGAUGUGGACGGAAGUGGUUCCAUCGAUCCGGACGAGUUGCGCACAGUUCUGAAGUCGUGUCUGCGGGAGAGCGCCAUCUCGCUACCAGAGGAGAAACUGGACGAUCUGACGCUGGCACUCUUUGAGUCAGCCGACAAAGACAACAGCGGCGCCAUUACCUUUGAGGAGCUCAAGGCCGAGCUGGAGAACUUUCCAGAGGUGAUGGAGAACCUAACCAUCAGCGCCGCCAACUGGCUCAAGCCUCCAGACGUUGACCAGAAGAAGCGUCAGACUCCUCGCUACCUGACCCGAGCCUACUGGCACAACAACAGUCGCAAGCUCCUCUUCCUGUGCGGCUAUGCCUGUCUCAGCCUCAUGCUCUUCGUCGGCGCCGUCCUGCAGCAUCGCCACGGCAGCGCCUGCUAUAUGCUGGCUAAAGGCUGCGGACAGUGUCUCAACUUCAACUGCACCUUUGUUAUGGUGCUGAUGCUGCGUCGCUGUCUGACAUGGUUGCGAGCCACGUGGGUGGUGAGGGUCUUUCCUCUGGACCAAAACAUCCUGUUACAUCAGAUUGUGGGCUAUGCCAUCCUCGGCUACACUCUCGUACAUACCACCGCACACGUCUUCAACUUUGCCCAGUUGUCGAAGGAUAGCGGCUUCAGUCUUUGGGAAUACUUGCUCACCACACGGCCCGGGAUCGGCUGGGUCAAGGGGACGGCGUCACUGACUGGAGUGGUUCUUCAGGUGGUGAUCUGCCUCAUGGUGCUAUGCUCCAGCACCUUUGUACGACGCAGUGGCCAUUUUGAAGUGUUCUACUGGUCUCAUCUGUCCUAUGUGUGGGUGUGGUCACUGCUCAUGGUCCACUGUGCCAACUUCUGGAAGUGGUUUGUGGUUCCUGGACUGGUCUUCCUGCUGGAGAAGAUAGUUGGAAUUGCCGUGUCCCGCAUGGGAGGUCUGUACAUCGUUGAGGUCAACCUGCUGCCAUCCAAGGUUACUCAUCUGGUCAUCAAGCGCCCUCAGUUUUUCCACUUCAAACCAGGAGAUUACGUCUACAUCAACAUUCCGGUCAUCGCCAAGUAUGAGUGGCACCCGUUCACCAUCAGCAGCGCUCCGGAACAAUCGGAUAGUCUGUGGCUGCACAUCCGCUCGAUGGGCCAGUGGACCAACCGCCUGUACGAGUACUUCAGGCAGCCUCAGAGUCUGGCGCAAAGUCCGAGGAGGCUGGCAGCAAGCCUGCGGAGCAGACAGCUGACAAAGACUCCGGAUGACUUGUUCAACUCACCGCACUUUAAUGGUGCCGUGGCGUCCAAUGAUGACGAUGCUGUUGAGCUGACCAUGUAUCGUCAGAACGGCUCCCGGACCAGCGCCUCCCCUGUAACCUCAGCACAAGAUCCUCUUUCUUCAGAUGAACUGGGGCCCGCAGAAAGAGGCGAGGCCCCACCCCUUAGAGAGGUUUCUGCAAAGUUUGGCGAGAAUCACCGCUUCUGCAACAUCAAGUGUUACGUAGACGGACCCUACGGAACCCCAACUAGACAGAUCUUUGCGUCGGAGCACGCCGUCUUGAUUGGGGCGGGCAUUGGCAUCACACCCUUCGCCUCCAUCCUGCAAAGCAUCAUGUACAGGUACCGCCGCAGGAAGCAGAACUGUCCCAACUGUAACUACUCCUGGUGCGAGAACAUCAAGGACAGCGAAAUGAAGCUCCGCAAAGUGGACUUUAUCUGGAUCAACCGUGACCAGAAGUCCUUCGAGUGGUUUGUCAGCCUCCUGACCAAACUGGAGCUGGACCAGGCCGACGAGGAACCUGAAGGUCGCUUCCUGGAGAUGCAUAUGUACAUGACAUCUGCCUUAUGUAAGAACGACAUGAAGGCCAUCGGCCUGCAAAUGGCGCUGGAUCUGCUAGCCAAGAAAGAGAAGCGCGACUCAAUUACGGGUCUGAGGACCAGAACUCAACCUGGACGACCUGAGUGGGGGAAGGUGUUCCAGAAGGUUUCGGAGGAGAACAAAGGCAAAGUGCAUGUGUUCUACUGCGGUUCUCCUGCACUAGCCAAAGUCAUCAAAGCUCAGUGUGAAAACUUCAGCUUCAAUUUCUACAAGGAAAACUUCUGAGGAAGACUCAUUCAGGGGGCAACAAACAGUAGGGGGCACCACUUGACUGUUCUAAGCAAUGUGGAGGUCCAACAUUUAAGUGCCUUGCUCAGAGGACACCAAUUACGUGGGUCUUUCUACACUACUGCCAACUUGACUCACUUCCCUGGACUGGCUGCUUUUUGUCAGCACUACCACUAAUGGUUAGCCGUUAGUGAGUUAGCCUAAAUUAGCCUGCUCUAUUUACACAUACUCCAUUUCAGCCACUUUGUACACAAUUAGCUGUGUUAAACUGUACUACAUUAACUAGUUUACAUUAUGUACAAUUAACUUUGAAUAUGUGACAUACACUUGGCUAGCUUUAGCUACAUACAAUUAGGCUAUUUUACCUACAAACUGCUAUCUUAGUUGUCUUCUAAAAUGUUUUGGACAAAAAUGAGCAGGGGAGAGAUUUUGUACACCCCCCUUUUCUCAGUGCGUCACAUUCAACAUAAAUGUACAUAGCCCAAAUUGUAAAAUAUCACUGACUUUGACGAAUGAGCUCUAUGAAGUAAAGUGGUUUGGUUUCAAGUAGGAGCUCUGCAGAGAAAUUUUGUGUAAUAAAUGUUUCCUUUAGCUUUCUUUGCAUGUUUGCUGCAAUAAUAAAGUAAUCAAUUCAGUCCAAAACUGAUACAAAAAAAAGAAAUAGUAAUACACUAAGUCCCCAACUAACGAACACAAUUGGUUCCAGAUGACCGUUCUUUUGUCGAAUUGUUCUUAAGUAGGGGAAAAGGUAAUAUGACCAAUGAUAUAGGUACUACAUGUACUUGUAUACAUAUACAGUAUGUAUGUAAAUAUGAGUUUGGAUGCAGUAGUAAAAUUAAACGAGGAUAAUUAAUGAAAAAAACAAUAAUAAAAAUGAUAUAAUACGUAAAUAAUGUUAAAUGAUAAAUGUUAUUUACCUUUGAAGAGGAGUGGUCGAGCAUACAUCGUUGUGGUGGAGUUGGAGGUGAUAUUGGGGAAAAAAAAGGACAAAUCGUCGUCGUCAGACUCUUCUAAAAGAGGUAGUGUUCUGUGGAUGGUGCAGAAUUAAGCAGGCCUAUUAACUCUUAAUAAACUUUAAUCACACGCUCUGUCCGGGUUGUAUUAUACAGCUAACAAUGUAGCGUUCUCUCUUCUCCCCUCCUGUUUUACCGCUGUUGGUCCCAUUAGUAGUGUCACAGUGCCCUCUGCUGGUCAAGCAUGUAGCAGUAUAAAUAUGGACUUUAUAGGCAAAACACAUGAAAAUAUGGACCAGUCGGCUUUGUUCGUAUCACCGACAAUUCGCACGUCGGAUGUUCGUUAGUAGGGGACUUUGUGUAUUUAAAAAAAAAUAGCAAGACAAUGUAUAAUAUAUGUAUAUUUGUACACCCCUGAUCAAAAUGUUAAGAAUUUACCUUUUGCACUGUUUGAUGGUAAGGGGAUUUUAAGUAGAGCUUCAAAAUGCAAAAAGAAGAAAUGGGAGUGAGACAAAAAAAAAGAAGUAAAAAAUGUAUUGCAAA